GAUGACUGAGUGGUGACAGGAAGCCGACUCUUGGCCGGUUGCCCACCGGAGUGUGCGGGGUUGGCAUUGGUGUCGGCUCAGGCAGGUGUACGGGUAUGGGAUGAAGUGGUCUUGGUGAGGAGCCCCUGUUUUCAGCCUUGCAGGUGGGGGUCACCGAAGGCAACAUGAGUGCUGAGACUGAGCUGCUGUGGCCAGGGGUGGCACUUAUGCUAUUGCUACUGCUGGGGACUGUGGCCGGGUUGUGUGUGCGCUGCUCCCGCCCAGGUGUGAAGAAAGUAGAGAAAAUCUACGAGCAGAAAAACCAGGGAGACGACCAGCAGAACUUUGUCUUGGUCCAGACCUACUCCUUGGCCAGACAGGUAUGGCCAGGACCCCUGAUGGAUACAGCCUCUGAUGUGUCACCCCCAAGGAAGGACAAGAUAUUGUUCUCCCAUUACAAGGAUUCAGGGUCCCCCAGGUACCAGAACUUCAUAAAAGGGAGCCAGCAUGAGCCAGACACAUCCUACAUAGACCCAAUCCCCACGAACUAUUACAACUGGGAGUGUUUCCAGAAGCCCCUGGAAGAUGACGACGAUGAUACCAACUCCUACGAAAACGUGCUCAUCUGCAAGCCGCUCAGUGCCGCAUCGUCAGAUGAUGAGGAUUAUCAUAACUCCGAGGCCAUCCAUAAGUGGAGAGAGUCCAGGAGGGCCGUGGGGCCAACACCCAGAGCGGCACGUCAGUCCCCAGCUGGAAGCCCAGAGGAGGACUGUGGGGAGCCGGAUUACGUGAAUGAGGAUGUGGCCACAGCCAGGAGAGCCUAAGGGAGAAUGGAAGGAAGGGCUGAGGGACCGCGAGCUUCUGGGGCCACUUUCUGAAGAUCGUUCGGGGAGGUUCCGUCGUCAGGCCCUUGCUGCGAAUAUUCCUGAAAGCGGCACCGACUCACACCUGACCCUGGGACACGCCAGGAGCAGCUGUAACUGCAGCAUCCCCGCCUCCAGCUACACCCCGGGCUUCCCGGGACACAGCCCCGGCUUGACGGCAUCUGGUUCCACUUGACUGAAUGCCUGGGAUUUUGGUCCCAGUAUCUUAAGCAAAACAACAAAAGACACCCAAAAGCUGUACAACACCUUGAAUUAGUGGUUUUUAUUUCUAUUUUUUAAAUUAUGAGACAAGGUCUCACUGUUUCCUAGGCUGGUCUUGAACUUAUGAUCCUCCACCCUCAGCCUCCCGAGUUCUGGGAUGAC